CGUCAAAUACUGAACUCUGACAAAUGUGAACAAAAGAUAUCGAUAUAAAUACAAAUAGCUUGACUUAUAAACGGGAAAUGCCUGUGUAAUGUGGGGUUCCUUCUGAUAUUCCUGCUUCCUUCUAAGAACAUUUGAAAUAACAGUUCUAAGCACAUCACGAUGGAGGUCGUACGAGAAGAUGAGGAGCAACAAAUGAAAUAUAAACCCGGGGGUCGUUUGGACAUGAACCACGGUUUCCUACACCAUAUUCGUAGGAAUCAGAUUGCCAGAGAUGACUAUGACAAGGAGGUGAAGCAGGCCAAGGAAAAACAGAGGCGUAGACCCACGACGACCCCCAGGCGCCCCCGUCGGCCUGACAUCCAGGUGUACCACCCCCGGCGCAGGAAUGGAUCAGAACCCAGCACCAGUGCUGACACAGAGGAGUGGAACGAAAGCGGCUCGAGCACAGAGGCUGAAAGCCAGAGCACAGAGUUAUUCUGGCUUGACUACCAGGCGGACUGUGGCCGCCUCACCUCCUUCAUAGUGCACAAGGAAGAUGAUCCAGAGAGGGUGGUGGAGAGGGUUGCUGAGGACAAUGUUCUGGAUGCAGCAAUGAGAGCGGCACUGCAGGCCCGGGUCCAGGAAGAGAUCAACAAGAGACGAGACAAGCGUUGAACAUGACCCCAUGAAGGAGGCCUGAAACUCGAGGGGGGAGGGUUCUGUGGAAGCCAGUCAGAGUGGAGAGUGGAAUGAGUGGGUGGGGUUAGGGAAUUAUGGAGGUGACAAGCAGCAAUUUCUUGUCCCACACCUCCCUCUCAAACCAGGUAGUAUCAGGUGCAUUGAGGAUGGUCUCCUGUGGAAUGGAAGCCAGGGAAGAUGCACACAAGUGUUGGGGCAGAUGUGGAGAAGAGUCUUCUCUGAAGCUGCAGAAACAGCAGCUCAACAGUUUGGUCAGUUCUUUCAUUUCAUUGUCACCCUAAAAGCUCUGUAGUACUUACAAGGGAGAGUAAAGGUGCAGACAUGUCAGCUCAGAAACAAGAGGUCACUCUGAAGGCUCAUUCCUGCUGUCUCCUGGGCCACAUUGUGCUCAUGAUCAUCACAAGAGUUGUAUACAACAUUUACAAGUAGAUCCGCAUUUUCACAUUGUAUUUACUUGGAUAAUACGGCUUAAUGUAUUUUCAGACCUCCUCUGUACUUGUCUUAUGCUGUUUAUUAUCACUUGUUGUUUUUUUUUUAAAUAAUAUUGUUUUCUUGAAUAAUAUUAAAAAAAGUUUCCAUUAAUCCA